GGGGCGGAGAGAGGUGCGGCCAUGGCGCUGAACAGGAACCACUCGGAGGGCGGCGGCGUCAUCGUUAACAACAGCGAGAACGUUUUGAUGACCUAUGAUCACGUAGAAAUUACCUUCAGUGAUAUCGAACCUAUGCCAGAUGCCUUCAAAGGGACCAAGAAAGGGAGUGUUUUCUUGACUCCCUACCGAGUUAUCUUUGUAUCGAAGGGAAAGGAUGCAAUGCAGUCAUUCGUGAUGCCCUUUUAUCUGUUGAAAGAUUGUGAGAUUAAGCAGCCGGUCUUUGGAGCAAAUUAUAUCAAGGGUACAGUGAAAGCAGAGGCAGGAGGUGGCUGGGAAGGAUCUGCCACGUUCAAGAUGACCUUUUCAGCUGGGGGUGCCAUCGAGUUUGGGCAGCGCAUGCUGCAAGUGGCAUCUCAAGUCUCCAGAGGCGAAAUACCCAACGGAGCUUACGGCUAUUCCUAUAUGCCAAAUGGAUCCUAUGCUUUUGCACCAGCUGCAGCUAAUGGGGGCUACCCCUACCCACCACCUCCUCCUGAGUUCUAUCCCGGCCCCCCCGUGGCAGCUGGAGACAUGGGUUACAUGCAGCUCCCACCCCCGCCGUACCCGGGGCCCAUGGAGCCCCCCCCUGUCAGUGGCCCAGUUGGCCCAGACGUGCCCUCCACUCCUGCAGCUGAGGCAAAGGCUGCCGAAGCCGCUGCCAGUGCUUACUACAGCCCCGUCAACCCACACAACGUCUACAUGCCCACGGACCAGCCACCCCCUCCUCCAUACUUCCCACCAGAGGACAAGAAAAACCAAUAAGCUAACAGAGAACUUCUCCACAACUCAUUGCUUUCUUAACUUCCCACUUUGGCAGAAUAUUGGGGCAUGGUCCAUAGCACUGAGGAGUAGAGCCUUCCCCCGAGGCAGGUAGCUUUCCUGGACUCUAGUGGUAGAUGUGUGCAGAGAAAGGGGAGAGAUUUGGGCAGCCUGGGUUCCCUCGCAGAGCUCUGAGGGGUUGCUGUCCUGCCGCAGUGUUCCCUUCUCCCUCUGCUAGAACUGGAGGUUCUCUUCACCUGUGAUCAUUUCCCUUAUCUCUGUUUCUUAUGAUACUUAAAUUAUACCUCUUUAGAGUAAGCAACGGCUCCAAACUGAUAAUUAACUUGCUCAUAAUAUGGAAACAAGGCUCUUGGGCGGAGCUGAGAGUGUCUUGAAUUUAUCUUAGUUUGCAGCCAAGAGCAUCUCUGGACACAGGGAUGUCUCUGGGUGUUCCUCUCAACCCAGAGUGUCACAUCCAACUUUUCCCUCUGCUACUGAGAAAGGGCUUCAAAGGGAACCUUUGGGAUCUCAAAGGAAAUAGAUAUCCAUUAUAUGUUUGAGAGAGCUGUUAAACAUCCUUGAGGGGUUUUUUUUUUAGCUAAGUCAUUCCUGACAAUCGUAGCAAAUAAUCUGGUAGCCCUCCAAAAUUCCCUGCUGUGCACUCCGUACGAUGACACUGACAAGCUUCCCUUCUUAAGAAAACAUACUACUCUUUACAGGGUUAAUUAGUAGCAUCUAACUCGUUAUAGAUCACACGGGAACACUAAUUUUCUGUUGUCUCUUCCAGUUAGACACGUGGGCUUGAGAUCACUAAGUCCUGAAUAUUCUCUUUAUUAGUCUAUAAUGCACUUUUUUUUUUUUUUUCUUUCCUGUUAACACAAGUUACACUUUUUGGCCAGUGAAGCGUUUUACUGUUGUGAUUUAAAUGUUAAUUAAUAGCUAAUGGGGAGAAAAUAGUUGCUUUGUUUCUGCCCUGGAUGCACUUGAGAGAAUAUGCAAAAGGUUGGAAUAAGCUGUUAGGUACAACCGAGCUGCUCAUAUGAAGGUUGUUUAAUGCUGUUCCUGGCUCAGCUGUGAAUUUACUUCCCAGUAACUCGACCAUGGGCCCCUUGGACUGAGGGUUCGAGCGUUUCCUUUCCGUAGCAUUGAUUAAUUGAGCUCAUUAACGACGACUCUUAAUAUGCAGAACCUCUGCAGGACCGAUUGGAAUCCAGGUUGUAAAAUGUUGCACAAAUCAGACCUUUUUCUGACUUCUGACAGCUGAGAGAGUGAAAAUCCUUCCCGGCAAGUGUGAGGAGAGCUGGUGUGCUAGGAAACCCCUGAGACUUGCUGCAUGCAGCCUGCUUGGAGAGAUACAAAAAGGUCCACCUCCUGUUUUCUUUUUGUUUGAGUCUCGCUGAUUAAUCAAAUUGCUACUGUCCGUGCACUGACUUUUCUAGAAUUGCUACUGCAGUGAUGUAAAGAAAUGGUUAUUUUAAAAAAAAAAAUAUUUAUUUUGAAAAUGUUUGAUUAAUAUAUUAAUGUGAAAUGACUUUUGAAUGCAGAUUUGUUUUGCCGAGACUGUGAAGUAAAGAGAAAUCAGCUCAAAA